AUGGGUAACGACACAAGUGCUAGAAAAAAGACCGUCUUUCAGCUCGACACACCCUUUUCCGAUGUCUCAUGGCCUGAAGUUUCAUUGGAAGACCAGGACACUAUCUUAGAACUUCUUUGCAAUUUUCUGAGUCCCAUCGGCAAACAUCGAAGGGCACAUGUCAAGGCCUCAAAAGGGAAGAAGGCAUCAAGGAGAGCCGAGAAGGCGAAAGCGGAGCGAGAAGGUGAAGACACGGAGAUGCCAGAUUUAGUGAUCCCCGCUCCACCCGAUGUCACGCACCGCAUUGAUGUUGGCUUCAACUCCAUCACCAGAAGCCUGUCAGCCAUGACAGAAGACCAGCGGUGUGGUAGCGAUGCACAAGCCGACAAGGCAGAUAAGGAAAGGAAACCACUCUCCAUGAUUUUUGUGGCGAGAGGCGACCAGUCUGCCGUCUUCAACUGCCACUUUCCAAAAAUGUGGGUUUCCCAUGCGUUUCCGUGCAUCGCCACUCUCACCUCGGUUCUAUCCGUGUUCGUGCCUAUAAACCUGAUCACAACCCUCGCCACCACAAGCUUCGACAACGACUACCUCAACAGCUGCUUCAAGAUGGCUCCGCCACCUAUGUCCGAUGAGGAGCACGUCACGCCCAUCCGCUCGCGACAGGUCUCUAAUCCCACACGCGCGGUGCCUUGUCCUCUUGGCCUUGCGGACAAGGACUGGUUGGCUCCAGCACCGAAGAAAACGACAAUUGCCCCGUCCCAGACUGCUGAAGCUAUACCAGCUCGUCCUAGCACCAGCAACGGCGUCCCUGCCAUGAAGAAAAAUUCUGGUGUUCAAAGCUCUGCUGUGUCAAACAACGUCACCAACCCAAUCAUCUCGAGCGAUGCAGCUGCCAAUGUCAACGGCUGCCAGGCUACAGAACAGCCUUCCUCCGCUUCGAAUGCUGUGAAAGGAAAAGAUUUCCUACUCAAGCUUCGGCGUGAGCAUGCCGCAAGAGUGGCAAAGUUGACCGCAGGUGAAUCUAAACCUGCUGACGCCACUACGUUGAACGGUGCCUCAUCCACGAACACGAAGACUUCGAGUGUCUGCUUGGACGAUCCUGUAGCCAGCAAGAGCGACGAUGCCAAAUAUGUCGUUUCCAAGGAGUUCGUUCCUUCGAAAGAGCCUGACCAACCUGGACAUGGAGAUGAAUCAGUCAUCCGGAAACAGAACAAAGGGCCUCAUGACCCGAUUCCUCAAGAUGACCGCGCAGGCAGCUCCAAAAUUCUCGCAGGCAACUUGUUGACCACAACCACUUCUUUGGGUUCUGAACCAGAGCGCAAGACUGAUGAGGCUCUCCUGGUAGACCUCUGUGAUGGUGCCAAACCUGCGCUAAGCACCACCGCAGUUGGAGUGUGCAACGAGAGGGUUACGAUGACCGGUAUGAUGCAAGCUCUACAGCCAUCCAAGUUGGCUGUGUCCCGGCCAAAGUCUCCCAGAAUCGAGUCUGACCCUACAGUCAAGAACAACGACUAUCGGAAAGCCAAUGUUCAGCAAGGACCACCGACGAGUCUCACCGCGAUGGACCACAACGCCCAGGGCGAGCACAAGCUCAACAUGAUUGUCGCGACUACUACCGAAGACAAUGAAGGCAGCGACCACGUUCGCAAGCAAGAUUCCGAGGCGCAACCUGCUGUUCCAACUCCGGUGGGCUUCGGGUCAUUCCCACCACCGGGCCCCUUGGCUGAUACUUCAAAUGCUUUCUGCGCUACGCACCUUCAACAGAGUCUAGCUGACAUCACACCGAUUGGAGCCUCCACUGGAUACCUCGUCACCAUAACACAGGUCACCUCUACGCCGCAAGGGGGUAUGUUCAUGGGCACGACCUCUGGCGAGUUGCAUCUGAACACCCCUGUGGUAGCACAGCCAAUUUUGCCUGCGACCAAUGUAGCGCAAAAGGAGAACAUCCGCCCCCAGGACCACGUUCCUGCUGCACCUUCGGAGUAUAGGCAUCGUCGAAUAGCUACAGACAAAGGCCAACAAGGCCUACUUUCUUCUCGCUGGGCCAUUAAUUGA